CUAAUGCUCUCUGCUGCUGACCAAAGCAUCUGCUUGCGCCAAAAGCUUUCGUUUCGUCAGGCUGAUGUUCCUUUGUCGCACACGAAGCUUGACCGCUAGGGAUAGAAGCUUUCGAAUGCUCGGUGUCGACUGUAGCAAUCCUGGUGCUCGAGCUCUCCAGCUUGACUAAGCAGGCUAUGGAGCAGCAAGCGGAUGGGUCUCCUAGUCUGAAGCAGAAGCGACAGACAUCUUUGCAAGAGACCUUUCCAGUGAAGAAACCUAGGAAACAGGAUAAGGCAAGCGGUCCAGCGGACAAGCAGGGAAUCCGUCACGUUCAUGCUGACCAAUCAAUAAAACCACCUGGCGAUGAGGCUGCUUCACUAUCGAAUGGUCUAAUUACUCUUUCGCAGUCAACUAGGAUCCCCACUGACAUUGCAGAUACGUAUUUCCGGCCUGCUAAUGCGACUGCUGGAGCUAUAUCCUCAGUAGCCCUUGACGUCCGAACCAGCGGAUCAGAAGGGACUUCUUCAGCUGGCAUUCAGGAUCUCGAAGGCAAGAAUCUUCAAAUUGAUUUUCAAGGAGAGGCCUAUACACUUGAAGGCGGAGCUGGAGUGAACAGCAAUGGAACCACUGAGACAGUCCCCGUGCACCAUGAUUAUACACGGCUUGGCAGGAAGGAGAGCUCAUCGCCGGAGGUUCUUUCAGUGAACAGGGCGUGUGGGACGGAACUGGAAGAGGUAACUCCACCAGAUGCAAUUAUUCCACUCAAGAACUUUGACACAACACUUCCUGUGCAGGGACAUAUUGAGGCGACGAGGGUUCCUUUGAAUCCGCUCCAGGAUGCUUCAGCUAUUUUGAAGACUGAAGCUGACGCUCCAGCAGGCAUCACAUUUCCAAAGCAGAAUUCUGGACAAAAGUGCCAGGUGGAUGCCAGUGAAAGCAGGGAUGCACAGGAUCAACGUUUUGUUACUCCAAAAGGCGAGCCAAGAGCAGAGAAUGCUAACGGAAAUGCUGGCAGGGCUAGCAGUGCAGCUUCAGGUAGCCGACCAUGGAGCAUCAGGAACCAUUCUCCUGGAGAUUCCUUUUGGGAAAAGGCAUUUGCCUUGGUGGAAGGCAGAGAAGGCACUAACAAUGCUAUAGAAGGUGCAGGAGUUGCUGCUGCUGCUGAUGCUGCUGCUGCUGGUCUGGGUGUUCCAAGAGAGAGUUGCGGUGGUGCAAGGGAUCAGUCGGUGGCGAAUGACAAGGGAAGCGCAAGCUGUGGUACAAGGACAAGGGGAGUGCUGGCUGGCCUUGGAAGCCCAAGAUUUCGACAACGAACCGAAGCAAUUCCACCAGCAGCAAGUCCUUUAUCUCCUGGAUCCCUGGAUCCACUUCCAGUUCGGCACCUUGACUUCAGUGCAGAGAAGCCUCCCCGCCCAGUGCCAAAGAUUUCAGCAGCCCCUCUUGCAGAGGGAGAGAGGGGUCUCAGAAUUGCAAAGAAACUGGAGCCAAGCUGUUUGGUGGACGUGAGAGGUCAGAGCCUUGCACGCACAUCAGUUCAGCCAGACAUUGCCUCACCUGAAGCUAAGGGGAAAGCGCUGAUGGAACAGCCAGUAGAGAAGGUGCUUUUGAAAGGUUCUGGCUCCCCCGGAUCCUCUUCAGCGACAGCUGACCUUCAGCUCUCUGCGUGGCUCCCUCCACCAGCAUGCAAGGCAUAUGCUCGCAAAGGAGUCACCAAGCUGUAUCCAUGGCAGGUGGAGUGCUUGUCAAAAGAGCGUGUGCUUCAUGGACAGAAUCUGGUCUACAGUGCUUCCACAAGUGCUGGGAAGAGUCUCGUUGCAGAGGUGCUGCUGGUGAGAAGGCUGAUGGCGACUGGUCGGAAGGCCUUGUUGGUGUUGCCAUAUGUCUCCAUUUGUGCUGAAAAGUCAGAGCAUAUGGAGGCCGUCUUGGAGCCUUUGGGCUAUCGCGUGCGCAAUUUCUUUGGAGCACAGGGGGGAUCUGUGCUGCCUCCAGAUACCAGUCUGGCUGUGUGCACGAUUGAGAAGGCCAAUGCUCUCGUGAACCGGCUGCUGGAGGAAGGGCGACUGGGAGAGAUUGCAAUGGUGGUGGUGGACGAGCUUCAUAUGGUUGGAGAUCCUGCCAGGGGCUAUCUGCUUGAGCUUCUCCUGACAAAGCUGCGAUAUGCUGCAGGCCUGGGCUCGUCCCCUGCCAAGAACUCCCCUCCAGAUGUUGUCAAAGGGGUGGGAAAUAAGCAUCCCGCAGCUGAUGCUGCUGGUGCUUUAAGACCUGCUAAAGGUGGUGAUGGGGGAGGGGGGAAGGAUGCUGGGCGAGGAAGCCCCUCUACAGGAGCUGGCUGGGGAAGCAGUGGAAAGACAGAGGGAGAAGGAUUGCAGAUCGUGGGGAUGAGUGCAACCAUGCGCAACACUUUUGCCAUAGCAAAGUGGUUGAAUGCUGUUCUCUACGAGACUGACUUUCGCCCAGUUCCCCUGCAAGAGUUCAUCAAGGUUGGGGACACAAUCUACGACACCUUCAUGAACCCUUGCCGCACUGUGCCAUCGAACCCAGAGGAUAAAGACAACCUAGUCUUCUUGUGCAAUGAGGUUUUGAGUGAAGGCCACUCGGUGCUGAUCUUCUGUUCGGGUCGCGCCCACUGCCAAAAGACAGCACUCCAUGUCGCCAAGCUCCUGCCCCCUUUUAGCCCUGUGAACCGCGGAUCUGAACCAGAGGACACCAUUUCCACUCCAGAGGAUGUUUUGGAGGCACUGAAGCGCAUUCCGUCUGGUCUCGACCCAGUUCUUGCCCAGUCCAUCCCUGCUGGCGUGGCUUAUCACCAUGCUGGGCUCACGACGGAGGAAAGGGAGAUCAUUGAGCACAGCUACCGCCGAGGCAUUGUGCGAGUUCUCACUGCCACAUCUACACUAGCAGCAGGUGUCAACCUACCGGCACGCCGCGUGAUUCUGAGGGAGCCCAAAAUGGGCUUGGAUCACCUGGACGCCACGCACUACCGCCAGAUGACUGGCCGAGCUGGAAGAGCAGGGAUCGAUGACAAGGGAGAAAGUGUCCUUAUUUGCCAUCCCAACGAAGUAUCGUGGGUGAAGAAUAUGAUUCAGCAGGGCUGCAAGCCCCUGGCAUCGUGUCUGUCAGAGGCAUACAAGUGCAUGUCGCGUGCACUGCUGGAGGUCGUGGCAGCCGGCAUCGUGCAGACGAGCGUGGAUGUUGGCCGAUAUGUAUCCUGCACCCUUCUCAGCACUCUGAAGUCGUUCGAGGAGGUCAGUGCCUCAGCCAAAGCAUCCUUGAGCCAGCUCCGAUCUGCAUCUAUGAUUGACUGGAACUAUGAAACACAGACCUGGUCUCCUACCCCACUGGGCCAAGCAGCCUUUUGCAGCGCUAUGACCCCUGAGGAGUCUCAGCUGGUCUUCAAGGACUUGGACCGCUCUCGAUGCUGGGGAUGCCUUCUCGCUACUGACCUGCACCACUGUUACCAGGUGACACCAGUCUCCUCAGUCAUUGACCCUGACUGGAAGAUCUUCUAUCAGGAAUUCCUAAGACUCUCAGAGAUCGACCAACGGGUUGCAAAAAACGUGGGGGUGACAGAAGCCUUUCUUGCCAGCAAGGCACAUGGCAGUGCCCGCACCUAUAUGGGGCGUUGCACUCGCAAGGCAAGGAAUGAGGUAGCGGAUUCGCCAAAAGGCAGCAUGCCAAUUGACAGUCUUUUUGAGCCUGAGCGCAUCUGCAGGCGCUUCUUCGCAGCUCUUGUGCUGUCACAAGUUGUACAGGAGGUGCCUAUCGGAGACGUGUGCGAGAGAUUCAGUGUGAACCGAGGGCAGGUUCAGCAGCUGCAGGACAACGCAGGCCGCUUUGCUUCCAUGGUCACCUCGUUCUGUGAACGCCUCAAGUACACGGACAUGCAAGCUCUGCUCUCCAACUUCCAGCACCGCGUGUACUUUGGAGUGCGGUCAGAGAUAGUGGAGCUCACAGAGAUUCCUUUCGUCAAGGCUGCACGUGCACGUGCCCUGUACAAGGCUGGCCUGCGCACGACAGAGGCUGUGGCAGAGGCAUCAGCUGCUGAGAUCGCGAAAGCUCUCUCCGACUUCUCAUGGGGAGGUAAGGCUGCGACAGCGCGUGCUCAAGCAAUGAUAGCUGGGAAGAUCCGCAGGGGUGCUCGGAAGGUGCUGCUGGAGAAAGCAGAGGAGGAGCGGAUACAGAUGUUUACAAAGAUGAGGUCGCUAGGAAUGAAGAUUCCAGUGGGACUCGAUAAGGCUCUGCAUACCUUCGUCUCCCUCGAUGAUCAAUCUCCAGCAGCGAUUGCAGCACCUGAGGCUGCAAAGAAGGAAACAGCAGAAGCAGCUGCACCAGGUGCUACCAAGUCAAUUGUUGGACAAGGGGCAACUGCGGGGACGCAUGGUGGUGGUGGUGGUGGUGGUGGCGGUGGCGGUGAUGGCGAUGGUGCUGGUGGGGUUGCUGGGCCUGCGAACCAUGUUGAUGAUGAUCCAGCAGCUGGUGUGGAGGACUCGCCUGAUGAGACCAUGGACGACAUUGAAUUCGCUGUGAAUGUGCUGACGCAAGAAGCUGAGAGAGACAAUGAUCAAGUGCAGUCUGGAGACCUGGCUGCUGCUCCUGCCCCUUCUCCUUCUCCUGCUCCUGCUCCUGCUCCUGCUCCUGCUCCUGCUCCUGCUCCUGCUCCUGCUCCUGCUUCUGCUCCUGCCCCUGCUCCUGCUCCUGCUCCUGCUCCUGCUCCUGCUCCUGCUCCUGCGCCUGCUCCUGCUCCUGCUCCUGCUCCUGCCCCUGCUCCUGUUCCUGCUGCUGGUACUCCUGCUGCUGCUACUCCUGCUGGAGCUUGUCUUGGAGAAUCAUCUCUGAUGCCUGAUGCUCGAGUUGACCUUAGAGGACCAGCUGUUGCAGGUGGUGCUGCUGGUGCUACUGCUGGCAGUAGUGCUACUUGUAGUGCUGCUGCUGCUGCUGGUGGUGCCACUCCUGCAAAGGCAGAGCACGUAUUUUCCCCAGGAGCAGACCCAUGGGGGACAAACCUGACAGCAACCCAGCUCUUUCGCACAGUAGACAAUGCUGUGGCCUGUGCCUUAGCUGGUCAACGGGACGUUCCCAACACAUCCCUUUUCAGCAAUCCACGGGCAACCAAGGGUACAGGAGCAGCUGUAGCAAUGGGAGGUCUGCCCCACACUGGUGUAGCAUGCGAGGCCGCCCCAGGGCCUGCACAAGACCAUGCCCGGCUGUUCUCUGGCAAUUGUGUGGAAAGAGCCGGGCAGUUUACUGCCAUUGCGUUGGUGCCGUGUAGUUCGGGCCCUUGCGGCCAACCCACAGAGGGCCGGACAAAUCAGGCACUCGUGAACGCACCUGUAAAUAGUGCAAUGACAUCCUAUCCUCAGCCCGCUCCACACCAACUACAGCAGCAGCAGGAGCAGCAGAAUCAGUGGCAUCAUCAGCACACCUCCCACCCUCAUCAUCAGAGCCCUUCCACUGGUACAUGCAUGCCAAGAGAUGGUCCUGUGGACGUGCACUCACUCCCUGGCGGCGUUUCCCAGUUCAUACGCCAGUGGGAGGAGCAGUGCGAGUACUGUGUAGACCUCCAUCUAGCAGGUGAUUACAAGGAUGCGUAUGGGCAGAGGCCUGUGGAGCUGGAAGGGGUUUCUGUGUGCUGGAAAGGCUCCCCUGUGUUUUACCUGGCGCUGGUGGUGCUUCCAAGGGUUAAUCAGCAGAAAAAGAACUCCAGAGCAGCAGCAAGAGGGGAGUCUGCAACGCAUUUGGGACCUGUACAGGAGGCAGGUAGUGAUGGUGCCGGGGAAGAGGAGGACAGGGUUGUGUGGUGGAGUUCAGUGGUUGAUCGGUGGAACAAAAUUCGCCAGAUGCUGGCACAGCAGGGCCAGAAGAAAGUCUUUUGGGAUGCGAAAGUUGCUCUCAUGGUGCUCUCAUGCCCGGCUGUGCGCUGCCCUCCAGAACUCCUCCCUCUCAAAUUGAUUGCCUUGGCGGGCCAGUGUGGGGUGAACAAACCGGUGAACGAAUCAGGAGUCCGGAAGGUAGGGAGCUUGCAUGGCAACUGGGGUGAUGGACAGCAGCUACGGCUGGAGGAGAUGCAGCAGCAGGGGGGUAGGAGCUGGUUGCAGCCAAAAACAGGACGAGGGGCAGCGGGCGGAGGUGGAAAAGGGCAGGGAGAAGUCCGGCAAUCAUGGGUACUGCAGCCUCUUCCAGCAGCUUAUGUGGCUGGCCCGAUUCUUGAUAUGCGGCUGCUGGCGUGGGCCCUUGAUCCGGAUGGCGAGAGCAAUAAGGAGAAGUCCAUUGAAGAGGCCGUGGCCAACGCACUCCCUCCAGAUGCAGCAGCGAGGGCACAGAGAGCAGGCCGGUGGCAGGCGCAGCUGGGGCGGGCAGCGCGGGAUGGAUGCUGCAGAAGAGCAGCGCAAGUGAGGGAGCUCAGUGAUGUGCUGUGGAAGCGACUCUUCUCCCAGUGCCUGGAGGAGCCUCUCAUGCAGAACGAGAUGCCACUGGUCCCUGUGGUCGCGUCUAUGGAGCUCCUGGGCGUGGGAGUGGACAUGCGGCAGUGCCUACUGCUAAGAAGGGUCCUACGCGCCAAGGUGACUGCUCUGGAGGAUGCGGCGCAUGAGAUGGUGGGGCGCCCCUUCAUGCUCUCCAACCCCAGCGAGCUCGCCAUCAUCCUCUUCAAGACCCUCGCACUGCCUGUGCCCCCAACGUUCGUCACCAAAGGCCCCAAGUCCCAGCCGGGCCCAACAGACAAGGCAGCUCUGGAGUUUCUCAAGCCUAAGCACCCAAUAGCAGGAGUGAUUCAAGAGUACCGGUGCAUAGCCAAGCUGUGUGCCACCAUCAACACCCUGCUGCACCGAGUCAAGGACCAGCAUGGGCUGCAAAAGAAGCUGCUCAACGAUUUGGAGUCGCAGGCCUGCGGGAUGAACCAGAGCAGAAAUGCAGACACCGGGGAAGCAGUCACAGCAGCAGCGUGUGGUGAAUCAGUGGAUUGUGCUGGUGCCGAGUUGAGAGGGAAGCAGAACCGCGGCCAGACGUGCUACACAGUGCAUGGGCGGUGGCUACAGACAUCAACAGCAACAGGACGCCUUUCCAUGGAGGAGCCAAACCUGCAGUGCAUGGAAAAGCCCACAAGCUUCAUCUUGGACGAGGAAUUGCUCCCAGACUCUCUCAAGCUGGCUCUUAAAGCACACGGGGGCAAGCAGGCUGACACGAGGAGAGGGGAGGAGGAGAAUGUCGAGAAAGAGGGGAGCUGGUGCAAGGUGGUGGUGGUUGUGGGGCUGGCGCAGGGUGACAGCACCAGUGGGGCAAAGCAGCAAGUGCGCUUGGAGAUCAAUCCACGGGCAGUGGUCGUUCCGUCACAGCCCACUCGCCUCCUCCUCGUGGCAGACUAUUCGCAGAUCGAGGUCCGUCUAAUGGCGCAUUUCUCCAAAGAUGUAGCCCUCAUCUCGCUCCUUUCCCGGCCCUCCGGCGAUCUCUUCCGCAUCAUGGCUGCACGCUGGUCCGGCACUCCCGAGCCUCAAGUGACCAGUGCCGAGCGGGACCGAACCAAGCGCCUGUGCUACGGUUUGCUGUAUGGCAUGGGCAGCAACGCGCUGUCUCAGCAGCUGGGGUGCAGCGUGGAAGAGGCUAACAAGUACAGGAGGAGGUUCUUGCAGUCGUUCCCGGAUGUGGAUAGAUGGCUGGACAGAGCUGUGAAGGACUGCAGGAGCAAAGGGUAUGUUCAGACUCUAUGUGGGCGGAGGCGUUUCUUGGAAAAUAUCAACAACAGGAGCAGUGCUGACAAAGCCAAGGCGCAGCGCCAGGCUGUCAACUCAAUCUGCCAGGGAUCAGCAGCAGACCUCAUCAAACUGGCCAUGAUCCGCCUUCAAGCAGCUAUAGCCCCACCUGCUCUCACCCAGCCAGCAGCAGAAAUACCAGCAGCAGAAAUACCAGCAGCAGCAGCAGCAGCAGCAGCAGCACAUCUUCCAUCAGCCACACCCUCAGCCCCUCUCAGUCAUGACGCAUCCACCAACGCUCAAGAGCUAGCUGCGGCGCCCCAUGCAUCGACUGCUAUUAUCUCCCCUCAGCAGCAGUUCCGACAUGUUCAGUGCCCUUCCGUUCUGCCUCCUGCUGCUGCUGGGGCGUCCUCCCUUGCAGGUCACUGCAGGCUGGUUUUGCAGAUUCACGAUGAGCUGGUGCUCGAGGUGGACCGGCCAUACUUGAAGGCAGCAACGGAGCUCCUACAGGCGUGCAUGGAGAAUGCCGUGACUCUCGCAGUGCCCUUAUCUGUGAAGCUCCAUGUGGGGACAUCAUGGGGUACACUCGUACCCCUUGCUGAUUGGAAGGAGACAUAGCAGGCAGGCAGCAUGGAAUGGAAGCAUAGGUUUGCUGAUAAGUUGGGAACUUGGAAGUUGCCAGCAGCAGUGCUUGUGCAAAUGGCACAGUGAUCAAUCUUCCAUUCCAUCAUGCCAUCUGGCAGUUCCUCCGGACUUCAGGCCCAGAGGGAGAUGUGGUAACACCAAACAUGCAUUUUUGCCUACUGUACACGCUAGUAGUAGUACGGUACCCCUGGUACGGUAGUACGGUAACCACUGAGUGUUUCAGCCACACUAGCACAGGCAGUUGGGUUGACUGUGUCAAUCACUACUUAUGCCAAACAAUGCAUCUGAAGUGUUGUACUUUGCCCGCUACCGUACUU